GAUUCGGGACCUCGCUAGCACGGGGUAAUGCUGUGAUCAGUUGUUUGAUGAGAGGCGAAGGAUUCUUCAGGUGCAAUGUUUGAAUCCUUCGAGUGGACCGUGGAAGGCGGAUGGCGUUUAAGCUGGACUCACCCGCUUCCCGCCCGACUUUAGGACUGUAGAAAGAAGGGCCUCAAGCGUGGAGACGGAGGAGAGAAUUCGGCUUCUGGUGCUGGGUCUGCUGAGAUGAACAUAGAAGAUUUCGCGAAUCUGUCCGAAUAAUUCAUCGAUGGGGAUAGCUAUGUGCCAACACUUCUCAAAGAAGUCUAAUGGACUCCAACAGUGAAGACGGAGAGUACCAAAAUGCUCAAUAUGCCUUCCAGCAGGAUGCAGCCCAUUGCAGGGUGACAUAUCCUUACAGGAGAAACACAAACGAGAUGGAUUAUAAUAAAAAUGAGGAGUUCAACAAGAAGAGGUAUCCAGUGAGUCGCUCUGGCAACAACCCAGGCAGAGUGAAGCGGAUUGUGUCAUGUAAGAGGAAGACCCAUCAUCUGACGGUGGCUCGGAGGAAGCAGAUCGGGACCGGGAGGGCUUAUGAUGCUGCAAACAAGGAGAAUGAGAUGAACUGCAUGCAAGACAUGCAACAGGAGCUAUGUGACAUGGACCCUUGGGAGUUCCCACUAAAUGUCAGUUAUAAUCACAAGACUGGUAGAACAGGUUCUGAGCAAGCUGACUACUGUACACUCACUGAGCUCACUGGGGAUCAUGGCACAAUGACUGAUGUGCUCUUCGGAAGACAUCUGAGACUGAAAGUGUCUCUAACAUUGUGGCAGAGAAAUGUCGGAGAGCUGUUGACAUACUUUCUGAGAAUCCAAGACGUUGGUGUGUUUGUUGACUUUCUCCCACUGAUAAGCAAAAGCAUUGAUGAGGAUUCCCCCAGGAUCACCAUUGGCUGUUGUGUUGACAUCUUUCCAUUAGUUAAGAAAGUCCUCACCACUCCAUAUGAAGAGUACCUGAUUGUUGGUUUAAAGUGGAUAAAUUCAGUUUUGAAAAACUGGUGGGAGGAACUAAGAGCAAGUGGCUAUAGUGGAUCAACUAAACCUCUGUUGGAUAAUUACAGAAAUUUCCAGGCCUUUAAUCAGCAGUUAUUGGGGUUGUGGUAUCAGGAACCGUUACUGAAAUCUGUCCCUGGAACUGCUGGAGACAUGGCAAAGGUCAUUGAUUCUUUCCUGUCUCAACUUACCUGACGGCAAUGAAGAGCUAGAUAACAAAUCAUUCUCUGGGAGCAGACCCACAAAAAUUACUAGAAUCCUUAGUAGUAUCAUAAGAUGAGGUGAUGUCUGUAGAGCUUGAUGUAUUUAUUGGCUUGCAGAGCAACUUGAACAGAAGUACUGAGAAUUUGCAAUAUAAAGUAAUUCAAUUAUGUACCAAAUUUGAUGUGAUUGUUCUGUCAUUGUGCAUUUUUAGUUUUAUCACAGAAACUCCAAGGCUUUUGUGAAUUUAAGAAUGAAUGUUAGCAUUUUGUUUCAUUGAUAUGUUGUAUCUUUAAUUGCCCCAUUGAUGAUGAAUAAAGUUUGUUUAAUUAUUUUUUUA